UUCAAAUAUUUUCACUCUCUUUCAAUCUAUUAUCCUUACACCUCAACUAAACCCUUCCAUUCUUCUUCUUCUUUUCUUCAAUUUCUUCAAUGUCUUCCAUUAACUUCAACCCAUUCAGUGGAAACUGGUUCCCAUUCUCCAAACCACCAAACCCACUCCCUCUCCCUCCUCUCACCACUCUCUUCAAUCUCUCCCAAUCUCCCUCCAAUUUCGCAUCAACCUCUCUCUCCACCACCAACACCACCACCACCGCCGCCGCAACCACCGCCGUCACCGAUGACGACGACCAACCCGGUCCAUUCACCAAAAUGGUCCAACAAUUCUUCUGGGAAUGCGAGAAUCUCCCCGACUACAGACACACACCGCAAGUCGAAAAAAUCCUCAACGACAACCACGCGUUCGAACCAAACCCUAACGCGACGGAGCAAGAAAUGAACGAGAAUGAAGAGUUUAUGGAAGCAAUGAGAAACAAUCCGGUUAUGAAGUUUCUGAGGAGAGCCGAGUUUGUUGCUGAUGAGAUGCAUGAGAUUGAGAUGAAGAAGAAUGCGGAACCGUAUAAGAAGGAAGAUAGAGAUGUUUGGAAGAAGGUGCCGAAUGUUAUUGGACUUGAUGGAAGGCCGAUGCCGAGGAAAUCGCAGACGAGUUUGGAUGCGAAAGAGAAGUUUUGGGAUUUUGCUAGACAGUUUUAUCUUGGGAUUUGGGGGUUUUGGCAACGGCCUUAUCCUUCUGGGAGACCUAUUGAUGCUGCUCAAGCUAUUGGAUAUAAGACGCUCGAGAGACGAUACUAUGAUUUUAUCAUGAAGAGUGGUGUAUGGUUCUAUAAGGAUCGGCUGGGUCGGACACGAGGGCCAUUGGCAUUGCAUACACUUAAAACUGCUUGGGGUGGUGGGGUUAUUGAUAAAAACACUUUCAUUUGGGGUGAAGAUAUGGAUGAAUGGGCGCCCAUCCAUAUGAUUUAUGGAAUGGAGCGUGCAAUCGCUACUUGGGAAGUUCGACUUGGAGCUUCAGCAACAGCUUUCUUUCAUAAAUUACAAAGAGGUAUACCACCGUGGGUUCCUCUUAAGGGAUUUGAAAAGAAGUCUUAUAAGCAGCUUCAGGAAGAGGCGAUAGAAAGCAAGAGGCGUGAUUUGGCAGUGGUGGAAGCUAAUGACGGCAUGUGGCCCGGAGUUAGAAUUCCAAGUCAUGCCCUGUUUCUUUGGGCUAGUGGCUCUGAAAUGACCCCUACUUUGGAACAGGAUCACAUGCCCAACAAGUACAUUCCCAAAGAUCUAAGACAACAGUUGGCUAAACUGAUUCCAGGAUUGAGGCCAUGGGAAGUUCUGAGCAUAGAACAAGCAAUGGAUCGCAUAACAUUCAAUGGUGAAUGGUACCGUGAACCGCUUGGUUCAUACAACACAGGUCCGCCAUACAUCAGACGCUGGAAUAAAGACGUGAUGAGGUUUUAUGAAGGGGCUGAUAGCGUUUCUCGUCUAGCGCAUGAAACAUUCAUGGCAAGAUAUCCUGGCUAUGACAAAAUUAGCAAAAAAGUCCUGCAGGAUUUUAAAACAAGAAUUGUGGAGAUGAAGAAGAAGAUGAAGGAAGAGCACCGCCUUAAAAAGCAGUUGGUUAGGGAGGAAAGGCGUAAAAAGUAGAAUUCCCAUAGUGCCAUUUUUUAGGAGAGAUUAUAUGGCAAAACUUCAUUGGGCUUGAAUAGUUCAGUUUUUGAAAUUUAUUCACUUUGAACUCAUCAAUGUAAUAUAAUUUCUAAAGACAAUGUAUUUGCCCAUUUAUGGGCUAAAACGAUGAAAAUGAAAUGUAUUCCACCAGUUA